GAGCAAUCUGCGAUUGGCAUCGAAGGAAGCAAAGCAAUUCUUCUCUAUUUAUUUAGGACAUAUAUGGAAGAUUUGAAGCAGCAUAGGUUAUCUGAGGAGGAGUCCCAUCCGCAGUUGAAGAAGAGUAAGUGGGAUGUGCGGUUAGAGCAAGAUAUUAAUGUUCAUCACGUGGACGACGGUGGUGCCAAAUUAGCAGACCAUAUACCUGGCUUGGUAUCCGAAAUAAAUGAUAGAAACAUAACCCAGCUGGUGGAGGUGGUGAGGCCUGGUGGCGGUGAACGCUUUUCCAGAUUGUUGCAGCUACCUGGAGAAUGGUAUGAUGAUCAAAUUAAAAGCGGGUGCAAAGAUUCUGAUAUUUCUCAAAUCCCAUCACGCUGAUGCUUUUCGCGAGGAUUUGCUGGAACAUGGAUAUCCCUCUUUGCUGCUUCCUCCAGCUUGGCUGUCCAAUUCUUCUACCGAUGAUAUCAAAAACAACAUUUGCAAUCAGCAGCUGGUGAUUGCAACACCUAUGCACUUUGCUAGGGGCCUGGCGGAUUUUUUUCAACUUGUGAUCAAUUAUGAUGAUGCGGCUUCGUCUUGUUAUUAUAAUUAUGCUCGUAAAGUGAGACAUGCAGCCAGGAAUGGUUGUGCCGUCGCCUUCUUAUCAACGCAAGAGGAACGAUAUGCUCCCCAUCUUGUCAAGGCUUUGGAAUUGACUAAUCAGGCUGUCCCUGAUGAUUUGAUGGCUCUAUCCGAUGCUUUCAAGGCCAGGGUUCAUGAGAUUGCCAAACCCUUAAAACCAGAAUUUAAAAGUCUUUAUGAAACUUAUUGGCUUGAUUUUCCGCCUCCUCCCCAUGCAUUUGCUUAAUUCUAUCUCCCAACUGACGUAGUUCAUUCAUUCUAUGCAAUUUAUCUUCUUUUAUUUUGUUUUACAUAAACAUGUUGCAUUUAUGAUAUCUGUUCAAUUCGGGAUGAUAUCUGUUGAA